UUUUUCUUGUUGUCCAUGUGUCUAUUAAUCGGCCAAGUUUCAGGGGCAGCAGCGGCAUUAGACACCUGCAGUACGCCUCGGAUCAUUCGCGAGAUGUCUCCUGCGACCAGAAGACCAGGAAAGGCAUUGUGGGAUUGGGCUUGGAAAAGGGUCCGAGGCGCCAAACCAAUUUCACGGGCUGCUCAGCAGGAGGUGAAUGAGGAAGUCUCGAAGAGCCUUCGUGAUCCGGCAUGGACAACAGGCGCAGGCGCGCAGCACCACCACCACAUCUCCCUCCUGGACCUCCCGACUGAGGUCCGUCUCAAGAUCUGGCACCACCUCUUCACAGACCUCAUCGCAGACCUCACAGACAACCUCUUCGCCAGCUUCCUGGUCUACGGGCACAUGUACGACGUCACGCCCAGCCACAAGCAGCCCUGCCAGUGGACCUCGGAAGACCACCGGGAUGCCAUCCACACCCUCGAGUCCCUCCGCUUCUACGGGCCCAAACAACAGCUGAUGAGGUUCUUUGGGGUCACCCGUUUCGAGCUGGCCAUGAUCCAGCACCCCGAGUUCAGGGCGGCGGUCGAGAGGGCCAACGCUGCGGCCGGCGUGGCCUCUCCAGGCAGCGGCCUCACCUCCCUCCUGCGCGUGAACACAAGGGUCUAUGGAGAGGCCCUCGAGGCCCUGUGCGAACACGCCGAGUUUGUCCUCACCAUCAAGGGCCGCCCUGAUGCUGACAGCGACAAGAGGAAUCUGUACACGCGCAUCGACGGCGUCGGACCACACCUCGCCUUCGCGACCAGGCUCAAGAUGAACCUCGUCCCCAACGAGAUCCUCUCUCUCGACGAGAGCACGGGGCUGACGACCAUUCCUGAUACCGCCGGCACGCAAGACCGACUCUUGGCCCGCCUGGAGGCCGUGCUGGAGGCCAUUGCACCUGCUGGCCGGCUGCGGUCUCUUGAGAUCUUCAUAGACCGCUCGUGCCUGCUGACCCGCGACUCUGCCCGCUUAAUCCUGGACAUGCUCCAAGAACGCCUCGGCGCGCGGCCACACAAGGAAACCUGCACCGUCAAGAUUUACCUUGGCGACAUCUCUGAGGAAGACAUCACUGAUGAGCAGCUGGACAAGCUUGUGAGCGCUGUCAAUGGCAAGAGUAUGGGACGUGGCCACAAGGCCAGAGUGCCCAGACGUCAACGCCUAGGAAUCCUUGGGCGCCCUAUUAUGUGCCAUUGGCUCAUGCACGACACGGUGUACUGA